UCUAACCUUGUUUGUUCAAGUAAUCAGUCUGCGCUGUUUUUAACAGACGAUACAAUCAAGGGUGAUCUUCAUUUUCGUCGAUCUCAAAUUUGUGAAGAGUCUUGUUUAAAGUUUGUGGUUGUUUAUGCAAAACCUGCAUGGCUUCAACGCCUUCAACUUCACGUUCUACAGCUGUGAAUAUUCAAGCUGGUAAUGUAUCUUUGACCGUUGAAGAAGAACCCAAAGUUGAGAAGUUGAGACGGCAUAAUGAAAAGCAACCGAACUCGAAGUUUCUUCCAUACGCUAAAUGCGCUGCGGCUGGUUUUCUUAGCCUAUUGUUUCUUGCUUGUGGUGUUUUUAGUAAACUUUCUGUCAUAUCGGUGGCGAAAUCGAAUGCAAACGAUGGUAAAGAAAGCUGUAGGCGUUACAUUAUGCUUGUUAUCAUUCUGAUGGUACCACAGCUCGUGAGCUUUGUUUGGGCAUUUUGGGGUAGCUUGCGAAAGAAAAACAACCCAUGGCCAACCUGUAUGUCCAUUUUCUUUUGUGUCCUUGCCAGUGUCGCUGAAGUGGUUGGUUUGUCAUUUUUUGUCAUGUUGGUCUUACCCAUGAAGGAAGUCAGUGGUGUUGAUUCAAUUGCCAUCAUGAAUUGUGUGGGCAUGCUGUCAAUUUUUCGACAGAUUUUCAAGUCAUAUCACAGAGAGGAACAAAACACAGCUGCAAGAAAACUGUUGUCAUUUAUCUGUGCACUUACGCAGUUAGCUGGUUUUGUUGUAAUUAUCGUUUUGAACAAAAACCCAAAGAAACUCGGUUAUUUUCUUCCUCCUCUGUUGCUUGUCUCAUUUGCAUGGGUACCUACAAUACGAAAAUUACAAUGCAUACCACAAUCUGAUCCAUUGGAUGCAGUCGAUCAAAACCACCUUGGCAUCGAAGAAGUGAGUAAUGGAGACCCAUCCAAUCAUCCUGGGGAAUAUCUUCGUAUACGAACUGCGAGACGCAAAGCUACAUUGAUAUGCGAAGGACUCAAAUUGUUGCUAACGCCAUUUGUCACCUACUUCAUGUACAAAUAUAUGAACGACAGUGGCAAGAAAAACAUGGCCGAUUUAGAUGUUGGCUUUGAAUAUCUUAGCCAAAAAACGGAUAUAGUUUUUAAGUACUUUCUUGUGAACAUUUUCAGCAGUUUUGUCGGUUAUGUAGUUGGCAUGAUAUCAUGCUCAAUGGCAAUGCAAAAGUUUUGCUUCGCCCUUCCCAUAACGUUAAUGACUCCUGUCAGUUUUUUCAUAGCUGUUGGUAGCGAAAGAUUGUUCGGAUAUAAGUGGCUGUUUGACCAUAACCUGUUCGUCAACCAUAAACAAAUGUGGAUAGCUAUUAUUGUUUUUGCUUGCGUGUUUUUGGCUCAGCUGUUAUCGACCAUCUACUAUAUAUGGCAUUCACAAGAUUUAAUCAUGGCUACGGAACGACAGUUGUUCUGGAUGCCUUCCUAUAAUGGUGUUAUGCUUGAGCAGAAUCUUCUUCUGAAUCGGAAAAAUGAGCUGACGGAGGAUUACGUGUUAGACCGAAACAAGCUAGCUAAGGACAGUUGUGUAUUCAUAUGUACAACGAUGUAUCACGAAGCCGACUACGAGAUGGAGCAACUACUUCAUUCCAUCCGUCGUGUUGACGUCGCCAGGGAGAGAAGCAAAAGAAGAAUUGAAUCUCAUAUAUGGUUUGAUGGCGCUGUGAAGGGAGACGUUCUCAAUAGUUACGUUCUGCAACUUAUCUCACUGGUGAAGAAGACGCUACACGUGGAAGUGGACGCUUGUACAAGGCUGGAAACACCCUAUGGAAUGGAAAUGAGGUGGAAGCUUCCCGGUGGUAUGAAUUUCCAUAUCCACCUCAAAGAUAACUUGAAGGUGAAGAAUAAGAAACGCUGGAGUCAAAUCAUGUACAUGUCGUACGUGCUGGAUUUUAAAAUCAAGCAAAUGAACGUACCGGAAGCGGACACGUACAUUCUUACGACUGACGCGGACAUUAAAUUUGACGCGGACUCGGUCGAGGCUCUUCUGGACCGUCUGAUACGCGACCCUAAAGUCGGUGCUGUUUGUGGAAGGACUCAUCCUAUAGGUCAUGGACCUCUGGUUUGGUAUCAAAAAUUUGAUUAUGCCAUUGGUCAUUGGUUGCAAAAGGUUGCUAAUCAUGUGUUAGGCUCUGUCCUCUGCUGUCCUGGCUGUUUUAGUGUCUAUAGAGCGAAAGCUGUACGGGAUGUCCUCUCCAUAUAUUCCACGACAGCCGAUCAUGCAGUUGACUUCCUUACCAAAGAUAUGGGUGAAGACCGCUGGCUCUGUACACUGAUGGUUCAAGCUGGCUGGCGUUUAGAAUACUGCGCAGCUGCGGAGAACUCUACUCACUGUCCAGAUGCUUUUGACGAGUUUUACAAACAGCGUCGCAGAUGGAUCCCGUCAACGCUUGCGAACUUGGCUUUGGUGAUUAGCGAAUCACAGAUCACCCUUAAGAACAACGACUCCAUGUCUUAUCCGUUCAUCUUGUAUCAAAUGGCGAAUGUCUUCUCAACUUUAAUCAGUCCUGGUACCGUUAUUCUUAUAAUGCUUGGUGGUUUAGUUUACGGUUGGCAAAAUAUAAACGAGCUAGCCGUCUUGAUACUUCUCACCUUAGUUGCCUUUGGUUACGGUCUAAUGUGCUUGUACACGUCACAAGAUCUUCAACUCAAGACAGCCAAAGUUUUGACCGUUGUGUACUCUCUGUUGAUGAGUGUUGUGUUUGUUGGUGUGUUAGUACAGAGCGUCGAAAAUCCGGUGAAGAAGACAGAUGUAACUCCCACUCCAACAAGUAUUACACUGCCUCCUAAAAGUACUAUACCGCCUACUACGUCAACAAAGAACUCAAAAGCAAGCUUCAACGUACCUGUUUGGAUAAGUAAAGGUCCUCACGCGUUGGAAAAUACGUUUUCUAAUUUUCUUUUGGAAGGCAAGACGUCCCCGAAAUCGGCAACGACAUCACAAAACCCGUCGACUCCGAGCCCGACACCCAAGGAACCGUUAUAUCAGCGGUUUGCCAUCUCAGCGUGGUAUCUUUUUGCAAUUGUUGCUGUCUUUGUUCUCACCGCAUUUUGUCAUCCCACCGAAGCCGGUUGCUUGGUACACGGAAUCUGGUACCUUCUCUGCCUACCUUCCGGCUAUCUGUUUCUCAUCAUUUACUCAAUAUGUAACUUAACAGAUCGGUCUUGGGGAACGCGUGAGGCCAAAACGAAAAGUGCGAACGAUAAACCAAUAUCGAAAAUUAUUAUGGAUAAAUUGAUUUGGGUCUGUCAUGGCUGCAAGGACGAUCCUGUUCAAGAACCUGUUUCGGAGCCUGUUGAACCUGUUGACAGAACGCGAAGUACAACAAGUGAUUCAUCGAGUGAGUCUGAUAGUCAAUCAGAUCAAACAUUGCAGGAGUCCAACAUGGAAGAGAGCGAUGAUAAUAGUGAAAAUGUUGAUGAGAAUUAUACUAAAACUGCCAAGACCGAAGAGAACUUGCCUACUCCCCAUUCCCCCACGUCUCCCACUCGACCGUUGAAACCUGCGCUGAAGAAAGGACCAAGAUCUCCUUCACACGAUUCAAAUAUAGAAGAAUUCCGUCUUCCCGGCCACCCUAAGAGAAGUGUUCAUUUCCAUCAUAAAUUACCGCAAUUCAAAUCGCAUACAAGUGUCGAAGACUGGUUGGAUGGUAAAAUGAAGAAAUACAAGCCCAACUUUGAACAAAAUGGCUACGAUGACACAAGCUUCAUAUGUGGAAUGACUGAUCAGGAUUUGAUAGAUAUCGGAAUCGAAACACGCGGGCAUCGCAAGAAACUUCUUCGUGAAAUUGAGCAAAUUCCAUUGGUUGAUAUGGGAAACAACGUACCGGAUAACGUAGACAAAUGGUUGGCAGACUUGGGUCUCCACGACUACUGGCUAAAUUUUAAAAACAACAGUUACGACAAUCCCAAAGCGUUGGAAGAUUUGAAAGUGAUGAACUCCAAAGAUUUGAGUAAAGUGUUAACUGAUGAUCUUCAUGUCACCAAGAAAGGCCAUUUGAAAAAACUAACGACUGCCGUACGCAAGCUACAAUACCCUAGUGCAAUCGAGCGGAAAAUCCGCGAAGCCAGGCAAGCUUUACGUAAGGUUCCCACUUGGCUUCUGCGUGAGGAAAACGAAGGGGAAGAAUUCGAGUUUUGGAGUAAACUUCGCAAGCUGAGAUUGUUGCCCGAAUCCAAAGCAUUCGGUCAGCACUCGGAGUUGGCCGACAAACUCGAAGAUCUUCGUUCUUCGGUCGUUUUAGCUUUCACAGUGGCAAACAUGGUGUGGAUAAUACUGAUAUACGUUUUGGCCAGACAUGCUUCGCUUAAAGUGCAAAGUACGAAUUUUCUGAGUCUGGCGUUUCUAGUGGCCUUUGGAGCAAUCGUGGUGAUUCAGUUCUUCACGAUGCUCUGGCACAGAGUGGACACCUUGCUUCAUAUACUUGCACGUGCACCAUUCCGUGGUGACAGCCCGAGUUUUAAGGGCUGGGCAUUUAGUGAUGAAAGCCUCAUACCACCUCCUACUGAGGAAGAAUUGCAACAGGUUCGACGGCGCAGUCAGAGAGCGCUGUCCAGAGAUUUUACUAGCAGCGACGAGCAUCAGCCAUUGUUAGGUACAAAUGGUAGGCCCAGUUAUCGUUUUUCUAGGCCUUUCAGUCCUCGCCCAGUUUGACUGCUUUCAUUAUCUUAUGGAAAGAACUGUGAGCAAACAUAACCCAAUGAUUUUGUGUCAAUGAAUGCUGGUUGUAAAGAGGGAAAUUUAUACAUACGAGUUAGUCAUUUUAUGAUUUUUAAAAUUUUCAAUGUAUUUUGUAAUAAGAAUUUAAAGACAAUGUAUUGAAUUUGGAAUUUUUUAAUUAUUACUUCAUCAUGGAGUCAUUGUCAAUGCUAAACUAUGAAAAUUAUACUCUAGCAAUUAUAUUUAUGUAUUAUAUGGAUGCACUAUUUCAAA